CCUAAACCAGAAUAAACUUGAAGUGUAGCCUUGGUAUUUCUCAAGUGGCUAAAUUCCGAUCUAAAUAUUUCUGUUAAAGUUUAAUUGUCGGUACCAAAGUACCGGCGAAGUGUUGCCAUUGCGAUGAAAAGCUCAGGUAAGCUGAGUUAUGGGAGCUUCGAGACUAAGAAUUUGAUCAGCGAUGAUUUCGGUUACCACGAAACAGUGCGAGGUAAAAUUUUCUCGACUAGAUACCGACUGGCUUUCAUGGGUUUCCUUGGUUUCUUCCUGCUGUACUCAAUGCGGAUAAACAUCAGCGUAGCUCUGGUCGACAUGGUGAAAAGCGAGCAGUCAAACGACAACAAAUCCAUCAACGAAAACUGUCCAGUGCGAGAUUCGAACUCUAGCUCAGACGAAGCUGACGACGGAACUUUUGAGUGGUCAUCAGGACAGCAAGCGAAUGUGUUGGGUGCAUUUUACUAUGGCUACAUGGUCACACAAUUACCUGCAGGGUAUGUAGCUUCCAAGUAUGGGGGCAAACAUCUUUAUGGGCUGGGGGUUCUGCUGACCGGUGUUUUCACCCUCCUCACACCCCCAGCCUCCUACUUGGGGGUGGAGUGGCUGAUAAUCCUGCGGGUUCUGGAGGGAGUGACAGAGGCGAUGACCUUUCCCUCUUUCCACCACCUGAUUGGCCGAUGGGCCCCCAAAUUCGAGCGCAGCCUCUUCGCAGCUCUCUCUGUGUCUGGAGCCAGCUUCGGCAACAUGGCCAUCCAGCCCCUAGUCGGCUACUUGUGCACUGUGGCCCUGUGGGAUGGAUGGCCUCUGGGCUUCUAUGCGAAUGGAAUACUUGCCAUUGUCUGGUAUGUCGCCUGGUGUCUAAUUGUGUAUGACUCGCCCGACACACACCCUCGCAUCUCCCAAAGCGAGAGGACAUUCAUCAAAACUCAGUCACAGGUCGACGACGGCAAAAAGUACAAAAUUCCAUGGAAAGGUAUUUUUACCAGUUUGCCUUUUUACGGACUCUUAGUUGCCCACUUUUCAGUUAACUUCAUAAACUAUGGCCUGAUGUCAGUGCUGCCUCAGUACCUGUCGGAGGUUCUCAAUUUUGACAUCGCCUCCAAUGGCUUCUUAAGUGCAUUGCCGUGGCUGUGCUGCUUCAUUGGAACAGUUUUGACGUCUCAGAUAACCGACUUUUUACGCAGCCGAAAAUACGUUUCCACUACAUUCAUCCGCAAGUUCAACCAAAUUAUUAGCACUUUUUUACCCGGGUUGUUUCUGGUUCUUGCUGGUUAUGCUGGCUGUGACGAUGCAAAAGCUAUUGCCUUUAUAGCAAUCGGAAUGUUCUUUUUCGGCGCCCAUUACUCGGCCUGCUAUUGUAACAACCUAGACCUGGCUCCUCAUUUUGCGGGCAUUAUCUUUGGCAUCACCAACACUGUGGCCACUACCAGUGGGUUUCUGUCGCCCAUUAUAGUGGAAAAAAUCACUGAGGACAAUGUGCACAGCAAGGAUUUGUGGCUGAAUGCUUUCUACACCUUCGCGGGGGUCGCGUGGACGGGCGGACUGGCCUUCGCCGUUUUGGGCUCCGGUGAGACCCAGUCCUGGGGAGUUCCUCAUUUCGAUAUAGACAGCCAAGAUGUACUUGAAGAUUUACAUGAAACCGGACAUUAAACAUAAACCCAUAUUCUUUUAGUUUGUUUGGUUUUUAAAGUUAUAAUAGAAGUUAAAGGAUACGUUCGACUCAACCUAAAUAAUUAUAAAGC